UACGGUCUGUGAAGUUUGUGCUUCGGUUGUGUUCGCAUCUACAGGCUACAGUCACACUCGUGUUUUAUUUGCUUGACCACCAACUUCAACAAAGAAACAGACCUGUGGAGGAGUGGAUGGCUAUACAUUAGGAAUUCGGAAAAGCCAUAAUUCUGCCUUGGACUCUACGAUUUGGUCUAUAAACGUAGGUUUCCCUUUCCUCGUUACAGUUUCAUUCAAUUUGGCUGCGGUACUGUUUGCUUAUCAUGUCUGGCGUGGAAACGAACAGUACAAACGGAGCAAAUGGGGAUUGCGUUGACGCCAGACGUGGAGAUGAAUCCGGAGCACAAGGGGCAGCUGGUUCUUCAGAGUCUAUGCAGGUUGAUGCCAAGCCCAAGUCCCACUCCUUCCGCUACAGCCUCAACUUCCCCAGUAUGGGUCACUGCAUCAUCAUUAACAACAAGAAUUUUGACCGCUGCACAGGCAUGAAUGUGCGGAAUGGCACAGACGUGGAUGCAGGAAAUGCCAUGAAGGUGUUUGGAAAACUUGGUUACAAAGUGAAGGUGUUCAAUGACCAGACUGUGGAUCAGAUUGUACAGGUCUUAACUGCAGUUGCCAAGGACGAUCACCGUCACUGUGCCUCAUUUGUGUGUGUGCUCCUGAGCCACGGGGACGAGGGCGUGUUUUUCGGCACGGACCGUUCUGUGGAGAUGAAGACUCUCACCAGCCUGUUUAGGGGGGACCGCUGCACAUCUCUGGUGGGCAAGCCCAAACUCUUCUUCAUUCAGGCAUGCAGAGGAACUGACCUGGAUGGAGGGAUCGAGGUGGACAGCAAUGAUUCCCCAGAGAGAAUCCCUGUGGAGGCUGACUUCAUGUAUGCCUUUUCUACUGCACCAGGUUAUUAUUCCUGGAGGAACACUACAACAGGUUCCUGGUUCAUGCAGUCCCUUUGUGAGAUGUUUACCAAGUACGGCAGAGAGCUGGAGCUCAUGCACAUCAUGACCCGUGUCAACCACAAGGUGGCACUGGACUUUGAAUCUGUCUCCAACAUGCCCGGCUUUGAUGCCAAAAAGCAGAUCCCCUGCAUUGUGUCGAUGCUAACCAAAGAGAUGUACUUCACAUCUUAAAGGGUUCAGAAGUUUGGCUCUUUCUCUUUGGGUGUUACUGUUUUUUUUUAUGUAUUUAUUUCCUGUUGACCGUUUACACAAUCUCUUUUUGUCACAUGUGUUGCUACAUUUUUCUGCCAUUCGGAAAUCUUGUAUACCACAUUCUGAGAUCAAUAAGGCUUUUUGUAAGAUAACUCUGGGUAUUCGUCAGUGGUACGAUACUUAGGUUUCAGGUUGAGGCUGCGUAGUAGCCCUACACUUUCAAGAUACUAGAUGCUUCUGUCAAAAUAUUUUUCCAUGAACUACAUGGACACAACAGGUUGCAACAGCACAAUUUCUACAUUGCAAUGUAAUUUAAAGGGAUUAUUAUUUCUUUAUUUUUCAGCAAAGUGUGUGUGUGUGUGUCUCUCUCUCUCUCUCUCUGUCUGUCUCUACUUCAACUUUGAACAUUCAAUCAUGAAUAUUCAGUUAUUCUUACCAUUAUCACAGUUGGAAGUGUAACCUCUAGUAUUCCUGUACCAGUGGACUAGACUAAUUCAGGAGCCAGUCUGUAAACAUUGUUUUGGUUGGCAUUUUUCCAUUGUUUGUUCUUUAAGUGGGAUUUAGUGCACCCUGUAUAAUGGCCUAUUGCACUCAGAGAAUCUGUUUCUUAAUAAUGUUUAGCAUGUAAUGCACUAGGUGUACACUGCACUAAAAAAAAAAUAUUAUUGGCCAUUAAUACCCUACUUUUGCUUAUCAUGGCCAAUGACCACAUGCAGGCUUGAAUCUUUCUGGUUAAUCGUGCAGCGCAUAAUCUAAAGUUAUACUUUCCUUAAGAAAAUGUGCUUUUGCCUCAGUAGCCACACGAGAUGGCAGGGGUUUUGUAUUGUCUGACUGAAAUGAAAUGUCCAGGGUUCCUACGCAGUAUGGAAAACCUGGAAAAGUAUGGAAUUUGAUUUUAGUUAUUUCCAGGUCUGGAUAAGUAUGGAAAAAAGAAAGAAGGGUAUGGAUAAAUAUUUGUGUUUCCAGACUAUUGCAUUUGCAGUACUAAUCACUUCACUCAGGUCAUAAUGAACCAUUCCUACUGUUGUGUAGCUUAACUGUCAGUCCCCAUCAUCAAGAUACAACUAAAAAUGACCCAGCUAAAUGGACGAAUAUUAAGUGUCAUUUUUUAUUUCACUUCAGUUGUCCAUACCUUUGUUUUCACCGAGUUAUCCCAAACCAGAAGUUGCCGCAAUGUCGAGAAUAUGGUCAGAAAUUUUUUUGAAAUUUGAGUAGGGAAAAAGUAUGGAAUUUUGAAAUGGAAAAUGUGUAGGAACCCUGAAUGUCAGACAGUGUUAGCUGGUCAUGUAUUAGCAUUAUGCAGGUGUUGCUAAUGUGAGUUUGUACUUUAAAUAUGUAAUGAUGUAGUUAAAGGCCUCACCACCUUCCUAAGAUGGGUGUGAACACAAGUGCUCAGGGCACCUUUAACCAAACACCUAAUCACUGCUCUGGUUCCUCAGGCAAAAUAGAUUUUUUUUCAGUGACUUGUUGCUGUGCUGUCAAACGCAGUUUAUUCCAAUGGUUCACUUUUUUUAUUUCAGUCCAGCUGUAAACUGUGCCUCUAGAUAUAUGAUUAUUUGUUGGUUAAACAGACACAGGAUAUCCUCAGCGGAAAUCAAUCCACAGACAUCCCAAGUGUUCCUUACAGAGCCUUAACAUGCAAGAGACAUUCCCAUCCAACUCAAGUUCUUGUUUCACAUAAGGAGGACAAUCAGUGUGUCUAUAGAGAAUUGGAGAGGACCAGAAAACCAGUCAUAACGCCCAGCAGAUGUGACUGUGUUAUAGUAGACGUGGUGUGAACUUUGCCACCAGCAGCAUACAUUCAAGGGAUUUUGAAAAGGCCAUGUCCUACCAGCUAGAAAGGAAGAUUGAAAUGUGCUGUUAUUUGAUUUUUUUAUGCAGUCAUGCACUAUGCACCAUAUGUGCAACUAUGGGAUAUUUACAUUUUUAAAAAUGAAAUUUAAAACAAAAAUGUGAAAUUGACAUUUAAUAUUGUAUCUUUUUAUUGGGAGUGAAAACUAGCCGUUGAAAUAAAAAAAAAACUGUGAGUGCA